GACGGCAUCCCAGACAGACAGACGGACAGGCACCCAGAAGACACCUAGAAGAGGGAGAACACACUCUUCGACCUCGCCAAGACUGCCACGGCCGCCAUGUCGAUCGCUUCGCAAGCUGCCGAUCGCACACUCCUCGCGCUCAUCUCCGACGAGGACACGGCCACGGGCCUCCUCCUUGCCGGUAUCGGCCACAUUUCCACACCCCAUGGCGCAGGAGCAGGAGCAGGAGCUGGGGCUGGAGCUGGAGCUGGAGGACAAGGAGGUAGUAAAGCGGGCGGUGGGGGCACAGGAGCAAGCCAGCAGCAGAGCACAAGCCUCUCGCAGGACUCGUCGUCAAAGGGGCCCUCGCCCGACCGGAAUUUUUUCAUCGUCAACUCAUCCACCCCAGUCUCGGACAUCGAGGCGGCCUUCAACCUCUUUACCCAGGAGCGGCAGGACAUCGGCAUCCUCCUCAUCACCCAGACACUCGCCGAGAAGAUCCGGCCACUGUGCGAUCGAUAUCAGCAGGCCUUUCCUGCUGUCCUUGAGAUCCCCAGCAAGGAUGCCCCCUAUGGUGGGUGACCAACUCUCCUUGUGGGCUGUGAGAUGAUGCGCGCGAGCCAUGCUGACCUUCUCUCUCUCUCUCUCUCUUUCUUCUCUCUUCUCCUUGGCAGACCCUUCAAAGGACUCAAUCUUGAAACGAGUGCAAAAGGUAUGGAGCUGCUGCAGCUGUGGCAGAGUGCAAGGGAUACUGAUCGCACUUGCUCCUCUCCAAACAGCUCUUUGGCGAAUGAGGACUGGAGAAGCGAUCGCACUUGUUGAGAUGAAUCUGGGAAUGUCGAUGCUUGCAAUCAUGACAAUGU